UAUAAAUAGCACCUGUUUGUGUUUAUUGUAGAUCGCCUUAGUUCCCUAUUCUCCAUUCAAUAGUAGUUUGAUUCUGAAAGGUGCGGGUCGUUCGUCUGGCGCUUUCCGAGGAUCACCAACUAAAAUGCCGAUAGAUUUUUACUAUGCCCCGGGAAGCGGACCGUGUCGCUUUAUCGAGUUGACCGCGAAAACGUUGGGUGUCAAUUUGAAUUACAAAGAGCUCGACCUGAUGGUAAAAAAAGAACACUUAACUCCCGAAUUUAUUAAGAUCAAUCCCCAACACUGCAUUCCAACAAUUGUUGAUAACGGAUUUGCCCUCUGGGAAAGUCCAGUAAUUGCCACCUAUCUUGUAGAAGCUUACGGAAAGACCGACUCUUUGUAUCCAAAGGACCCCAAAAAGAAAGCAGCAGUCGAUCAACGUCUGUAUUUCAACAACGGCGUCCUCUACCAACGCCUCGCCGAUUAUUACUAUCCCAUAAUCUGGGGUAACGCAACACCCGAUCCUCAAAAGUACAAGAAAGUCGAAGAGGCUCUGCAAUUUUUGGACACAUUUUUGGGCGCCGACGAGUACGUCGCCGGUGAUUCCUUAACGCUCGCCGACUUCGCCAUAGCCACGACCUUGUCAACUUUUGACGUCGCCAAACUCGAUCGUUCCGCUUACAAGAACGUCUCGAGAUGGUACAAGAUGCUUCAGACGUCCGUACCGGCGUUCGAAGAAAUAAACGGCCUCGAGAAGCUCACGAAAAUGUUCGACGCCAUCGCUAAGAAAGCUAAAUCAUAAGUCGAAUCUGUGUGAAGGGUUUUGAAGCGUUUGUUUGUAAAUAAAUUUGUUCACUCAUGGC